AUGGAUCAAAAUUUAAAUCUCUUAAACUUCCUGUUAAAACUAGAUAAAUUAAUUAAUCAUCUAACAUCUUCUAUUAAUUUAGAAAUUAUAAAUAUAAUUCAAAAUAAUGAAUUUUGGAAUGAAGUUCAAAAUUUAUUAGUUAUUUUAAAAAUUUUAGUUAGUGGAAUUACUAUAUUUGAAGAAAAUAUUUUAUAUUUAUCACAAUUUUAUAAAUGGUAUGAAAAACUUGAAAAAAAUGAAACAUAUCGUAUUAAUGCAAGGUUUCAAAGUCAAAGUUUAGCUAAUAAUAUUAUGACUACAGUAUCUGAUUUUGUUAAAAAAUAUUAUUCUGAAUCUUGUACUAAAAUUUAUAGUCAAUUAUUAGAAUAUAUAAAUCAUUCAGGUCUAUUUAAUAACUCUAUGGCUUGGGAAAUAGUUAAUAAUGUUGAUCAAAUUACUUGUGAAAAUAAUUCUGAGUUUUCUGAUGAAGAUGAAUUAGAAAUAGAAUCAAAUAUAGAUUAUAUUAAUGAAGAUAUUAAUGAAGAUCAAAAUAGUAAUAAUCAAAAUUUUGAAAAUGAAUAUCAAUAUAGUGAAAAUUAA